AAUUUCCACUGCUCACAGAGCAGAAUACUCUGCACUUCUCGGUCAUUUGCAAGUGUAACUGGGAGAGGAAACUCUGAGAUUGAGGUAUUGUUUGUAGCACAGGUUAACAAAAAGAGACACGUGCUCACAGUUGUUUCUCACAGUGCUGCUUUCUGUAUGAGACCUUUUCUCCAUGCUUGGGUUAGUAAUGAGGACCACCGCCGCUCUGCUCUCUCUGUAUUUUUGGGUAAACACUGGCAUCCAUGCUGCUCAAACAGGUUCAAAAUGUGGGAUUUCUCAAGUGUGUAACCCGAUGGUUUCCUCUCUGAGGGUGGUAGGAGGAACUGAAGCCAUGUACGGAUCACACCCGUGGUUGGUUUCCCUCCAGAACAGGGGCUCACAUUUCUGUGGAGGAUCCAUCUUGAGUGACCGCUGGAUAAUGACUGCUGCACACUGCUUCACAUCUUUGUCAAAAGAGUUUCUCAUUGGUGUAAGAGUCAUUGUUGGAGAGUUUGACCAGAGAGUACACGAUGAGGAGGAGCAAGUCUUUCUGGUCAAGUCUGUCUCAGUCCAUGAGAAGUACAACCCCGCUCUGCCGAUGAACUAUGACAUAGCUCUCAUAGAGCUGAACCAACGCAUCCAGAUGGGGCCACCAUGGUUUUUAAUUUGGCCUGAUGUGACUUUUUCAACAGGAGCUCGUGUCCAGCCGAUAUGUCUGCCUUUACCUAAUGAGAAUAUCCUUCCUCAGACCACUUGCAUGACGGCUGGAUGGGGAAGGAUAAAGGAACGCGGCCGUCUUCCUGUGGUUCUGAGAGAGGUGCAUUUGGAUUUGGUUGAUGGAGCCAAAUGUAAAUAUGUCCUCCAAACUCUUAAAGGUUCUAUGAUGAACCAGAGACUCAUCCGGCCUCAGCCAAGCAUGACAGUUCUAUGUGCCGGCCCAGAGACAGGAGGGAGAGAUGCUUGUCAGGGAGACUCAGGAGGUCCUUUAGUAUGUCCAGCAGGGUCAGAAGGUCAUCACUGGGUGGCUCUGGGCGUGACUUCCUGGGGUAAAGGAUGUGGUAGGAGCUGGGGAAACAACAGCAGCCGUCCCCCUUCCAAACGAGGUUCUCCGGGGAUUUUCACUGACGUCAGGCUGCUGCUGCCUUGGAUCAAGCGUAAAUUGAGAGAGGCUGAGCACCAGCAGCAGACAACGGUUUCAUCAAGACUCUGCAGUGUGAGAGAUGGGCCUGUGUCUGACAUUAACGGGGUAAUCAAAAAUCCCAGGCUCCAUGGCGAUCGCUAUGACAACAACCAGUUGUGUUUGUGGAGCAUCAGCGUCCCUCCAGGUUAUAGUAUUCUGCUGGAGUUCGAUCUUUUUGACUUGGAGAACGACUCAUACUGUCGGUACGAUCGACUCACUGUUUCAAUAGGAAGCCAUCGGCCUGUUGGAAUAUUCUGUGGAAGUGUGCUGCCCGGCCCAAUUCUUCUAAAUAAUUCCCACAAUGCCACACUUCUCUUUUCCUCUGAUAUUAGCAGAGCAGGAAGUGGCUUUGUAAUUAGGCACCAUGCGGUCAAAGGACACUUUCAUCCUGGAUGUGGGACACUUGUUCUGGUUGAAGAUAAGGCUUCUAUACACAGUCCAAAUCACCCACAAGCCUACAGUAAUGACUGUGUCCUCCGCUGGGUAAUCCAUGCUCCUCUGGGUCAUGUGGUUAAGCUGGAGUUUACUGAUUUUGACCUGGAGGAGUCGGAGAGAUGCUUGUAUGAUUCCCUCACUGUCCUGGGAGAUGUUGAAGGAACAGAGGAGAUCGCCUUGCUGUGUGGCGGCAGUAUCCCUCCUCCUGUCCUGUCCUACAACAGCACCAUGGUGCUUCAAUUUACGUCGGACAGCAGCAUCACUCAUAGGGGGUUCAGGGCUACACUGACAUUCAUCAGCAUUACAGACCUUCAUAUCCAAAAGAGGACAGAUGUUGAGGAUCUGCCAGAUGUUUUGACAGCUUUUGAACCAGUUGUGCAGCAUUACAGAACCAGAGCCCUGCCUCUCCGGGCCGAUGUGGACCAUGACGCCUCAGAGGAUGUUACCCUGAAUGUGGACUGGAGUGUAGAUGAAGAUUACAGCAGUGAAUCAUCAGAGCUGGCAUAGUAACCUGCAGGAAGGAGGUUACCUGUGAAAACCUGUGGCUUUAACUCUCCUGCUGCUUGGGAAUGCAAAAACGGGAGUUUUUAAUCGCUUGUCUGUUACUUGUUGCUGUUUCCUAGAAUGCUUGCUCUCCAGUUUUCAACAUAAUGAUAGUUCAAGAACCACACUGGUAGUUUAGUUUAGUCAUUUGUGUUACAGAACCUUCAGGAUAUUCCUCGCACCAUUUUGUUAUCUUGCUAUGUUCUUACCCUGAAGUUAUGUACAAGUAUUAAAGACUGUAUUAAAAA